UCAGCGCGUUGCUUUACACUAUAGUCCAACCCCAUCCUCAAGGUAUCACACGGCACCGAACAGCCUGUGACAAAGAUUGGAUGAAGAGACGACGCAAACGCGAUAGAAGGCAAUACGUGAGAUCUGAAACCCUGGGGACCUACCGAUGCUUAGCGUACAGCUGCAGCCUGACGCCUUCCGUCUUCCGUCUUCGCAGGGUGGUUUCGAAUAAAGGUCACAGAGUAUUCAGUGUGCACACAGCUGCAUUAGUAUACGUCUGGCUGCAGUUCACCGCCCCGCAGAGCGAUCGUACAGAAGAGCCGCAGCCGCGUCCUCCAGUUUCGUGUCCACGUGCACGGACAGCCGGUGAAGGAUUGGGAAAGGCGGGAGGAGUCGAUCAACGUCACCGUUGUUAGACUCUUACCGCAAACCAAUAACAACGAGGUUGCAGGGCAACGAAACCACUGUCAAGAGACGGCAAAGUGAAUAGAGAGCUCUCGUCGCAAGUGCGAUGGCAUGGUGGGGAUGUGGUGGGCGGCCUCAGAGGGCAAAGGGCGUUGCCUGCCUCAGCCUGUUGUUGGUUUGCCAAGAGGAGGUGC